UCCCGGCGGCGCGGAGGGCCCGGCGCGCGGUCCGUCUGUCCGUCCUCGCCGCCGUCUCCUGCCUCCCGCCGCCUCUGCAGAGGUCCCAGGAGGCGGGGCGAGCGAGCGCCCGGGGCCCCGCAGCCGCAGCCGCAGCCGCAGCCGCAGCCGCAGCCGCAGCCGCGCGCCCGAACCGCAGGGCCGGGGAGCGCGUGCGGACCGAGCAGAGCCCGCGAGCGGCCGCGCGCCCGCCGAUAGGUGCGGGGCUCGGAGCCGCCCAGCCGGCGCCCCUCCCUCCGCCCCCGCCCCCGCCGCCGCCUCCCCUCCUCCCGCCCCGGCCUCGGCCCCGCCGGCGCGCGUCUGGCACUCGGAGAGCCGCAGCCGCAGCGGCCGGAGCAGCCUGCGGAGACCCGGCCGGGGCCGUCAGCGCCCGAGCACGCGAGCGCCGAGCCGCCGCCAUGGCCCGCGGGAAAGCCAAGGAGGAGGGCGGCUGGAAGAAGUUCAUCUGGAACUCGGAGAAGAAGGAGUUUCUGGGCAGGACCGGCGGCAGCUGGUUUAAGAUCCUCCUGUUCUACGUGAUAUUUUACGGCUGCCUGGCCGGCAUCUUCAUCGGAACCAUCCAGGUGAUGCUGCUCACCAUCAGCGAGUUCAAGCCCACCUACCAGGACCGCGUGGCCCCCCCAGGAUUAACACAGAUUCCUCAGAUCCAAAAGACUGAAAUCUCCUUUCGCCCUAACGACCCCAAGAGCUACGAGGCGUAUGUGCUCAACAUAGUUAGGUUCCUGGAGAAGUACAAAGAUUCGGCCCAGAAAGAUGAAAUGAUUUUUGAAGAUUGUGGCAAUGUGCCCAGCGAAAUCAAAGAACGAGGAGAAUUUAACAAUGAACGAGGAGAACGAAAAGUCUGUAGGUUCAAGCUCGAGUGGUUGGGAAAUUGCUCCGGAAUAAACGAUGAAUCCUAUGGCUACAAAGAGGGCAAACCCUGCGUCCUAAUAAAGCUGAACCGAGUUCUGGGCUUCAAACCUAAGCCUCCCAAGAACGAGUCCCUGGAGGCCUACCCGGCGCUCAAGUACAACCCCUACGUCCUGCCGGUCCAGUGCACGGGCAAGCGAGACGAAGACAAGGAUAAAGUUGGGAACGUGGAGUAUUUUGGCCUGGGCGGCUACCCCGGGUUUCCUCUGCAGUAUUACCCCUACUACGGCAAGCUGCUCCAGCCCAAGUACCUGCAGCCGCUGCUGGCCGUGCAGUUCACCAACCUCACCAUGGACACUGAAAUCCGCGUCGAGUGUAAGGCGUACGGUGAGAACAUUGGGUACAGUGAGAAAGACCGUUUUCAGGGACGCUUUGAUGUAAAAAUUGAAGUUAAGAGCUGAUCACAAGCACAAAUCUUUCCCACUAGCCAUUUAAAAAGUUAAAAAAAAGAUACAAAAAACAAAAACCUACUAGUCUUGAACAAACUGUCAUACGUAUGGGACCUACACUUAAUCUAUAUGCUUUACACUAGCUUUCUGCAUUUAAUAGGUUAGAAUGUAAAUUUAAAGUGUAGCAAUAGCAACAAAAUAUUUAUUCUACUGUAAAUGACAAAAGAAAAAAAAUAAAAAUUGAGCCUUGGGACGUGCCCAUUUUUACUGUAAAUUAUGAUUCCAUAACUGACUCGUAGUAAGCAGUGUUUCCGGCCCCUGAGUAUUGCUGCCUUGUGGAUCUGAUGUGAUGUACAGUUCUGUAGGUGCACACUCUGGUCAUUUCUCAAGCCAUGUUUAUCGCAUCCGUUUUCUACUGUAUGUGAGCAAGGUUUGCUGUCCAAGGUGUAAAUAUUCAAUGGGAAUAAAACUGGCAUGGUACUUUUUUUUUUCUUUUCGGUUUGGCUCUUUCAAAAACUAAUGGCCCAUCCAUGAGCAUUUUUAACACACUCCAUAGUCUUUUCCCGUGGUGUUGGGUCUUUACUUUUUGUUUUUUUUUUCCUGGGGCUGGGGGUGGGGGUGGGCUGUCAUGGGGGAACUGCCCUUUAAAUUUUAAGUGACACGACAGAAAAACACAGAAAGGUGAUGGGUUGCGUUGUGCUUUGUAUCGAAUGCCGUCUUGACCUCUCUUCCCUUGUCCUCCAGUACGAUCAGCUGUGUAUGAGAUCUGGAUCGCCUGUCACUGGGGCUGGUGACGGGCCCAAUUGAUUUGCUUUACAUUUUCUUUUAUUUUCCUUUUUUCCUUUCUCUGGAGGCAUCACAUGCUGGUGCUGUGUCUUUAUGAAUGUUUUAACCAUUUUCAUGGUGGAAGAAUUUUAUAUUUAUGCAGUUGUACAAUUUUAUUUUUUUCUGCAAGAAAAAGUGUAAUGUAUGAAAUAAACCAAAGUCACUUGUUUGAAAAUAAAUCUUUAUUUUGGACUUUAUAAAAAGCAACGCAGUACCCCCUAGACUGGUGUUAAAUGUUGUCUGCAAAAUCCAUGUUCCAACAUGUACAAUAAUUGCCAGGAGUACAGUGCUCUUCUAGAUCUUGUAUGCGGUCAGGGUCAACAAUGGACAAUAAAAGAAUGAACACAUUC